GUGGAUGUUUAACACUCCUCAUUAAACUGGCAUUUCAAUUUUACACCACUUUACACAGAACACUUCAACAGAAGACAAAAUUAUCUUCCAACUCUCCGAAAGUGGUGAAUGUUCCAGGAUAGUUUUUUGAGUCAAAGAGGACAUGGGGAGUUCUGGAGUUUAAAAUUUGUGGUACUCUCUCACUCGUCAAGAUGGAAAGCUCAGAUUCCGGUGAUAAAGGAAAUAUCGAUCAGUCAGAGGCCCAACGGCAGAGUCAGCUGGACCGCUUAGAUCGAGAAGAAGCUUUCUAUCAGUUUGUGAACAACCUGAGUGAAGAGGACUACAGGCUUAUGAGAGAUAACAAUUUGCUAGGAACACCAGGUGAAAUUACUGAAGAAGAGUUGCUGAGAAGGCUACACCAAGUUAAAGAAGGUCCACCACAGCAAAACAGUGAUGAGAAUAGAGGUGCAGAGUCCACAGAAGAUGUUUCAAAUGGAGAUUCUAUAAUCGACUGGCUUAAUUCAGUCCGACAGACUGGAAAUACAACCCGGAGUGGGCAGCGAGGAAACCAGUCCUGGAGAGCAGUGAGCCGGACUAACCCCAACAGUGGUGACUUCAGGUUCAGUUUGGAAAUCAAUGUCAACCGUAACAACGGGAACACAAACCCAGAAACUGAGAACGAGCCAUCUGUAGAGCCUUCCAGUGGGGAGGAUCUGGAAAACAGCCAAAGUGACUCUGAAAUUCCGAGGUCUGAAUCACCAUCUGUGAGGCAGCCUGGAUCAGAAAGGAGCACUUCGGAGGAGGUAACGGCCGAGGAGGCUUCCCCUCCUAGAGGGCAGAGGAGAGCCAGAAGCAGGAGUCCAGAACAGCGGAGAACACGGGCUAGGACUGAUAGAAGUAGGUCACCUAUUAAUCCAGUGAGCGAGGCUCCUCGCCGGCCUCACCACAACCCGUCAUCUCACACGCUCGAGCACUCCUCAGCGCAGGAGGCUGAGGGCAGCUCUAGAACUAGGCAGCACGUGACCUUGAGGCAGCACACGGUGGGGACUGAGGUGCCAAGUGAAAAUGCAGUUCUGUUUUCCCCCCCUGAAACGAGACCGGCUCCUCAGGCAGCCGGUUCAUCAGAAACCACCGGCGCCGGUGAGUCGGCAGCUCCCGGGCAGAGGCCUCCUACCAUAGUGCUGGACCUGCAGGUGAGAAGAGUGCGACCAGGCGAGUACCGGCAGAGGGACAGCAUCGCCAACAGGACACGGUCCCGCUCCCAGACCCCCAACAACACCGUCACCUACGAGAGCGAGCGGGGCGGCUUCAGGCGCACGUUCUCCCGCUCGGAGCGGGCCGGGGUGAGAACUUACGUCAGCACCAUUCGGAUUCCCAUCCGCAGGAUCUUGAACACGGGCCUGAGCGAGACCACGUCCGUUGCCAUUCAGACCAUGCUGAGGCAGAUCAUGACAGGCUUCGGGGAGCUCAGUUACUUCAUGUACAGCGAUAGCGAUGCAGAUGCCAGCGCCCCCACCCCCGGCCCCAACGUGGAUACCUCUGAGCCGCAGAACGGGGCUGGGGGCGCCUCGGGCAAUGAGAAUGCAGAUGUUAGCUCAGGGGAGGUGUAUGAGGGUGGCCAUGAAGCGAGUUCAACGUCUGGGGCCAGACGGGAAGGCCGGAAUACGAGGGGAUCGGUGACGUUUGAAGAAAGUGGUUCUCUACCAUUCCUUAGCCUUGCACAGUUUUUCCUCCUAAACGAAGAUGAUGAUGACCAACCAAGAGGACUCACCAAAGAGCAGAUUGACAACCUAGCCAUGAGGAAUUUCGGUGAGAGCGAUGCUCUGAAAACCUGUAGUGUGUGUAUCACGGAGUACACGGAAGGCAACAAGCUCCGGAAGCUGCCGUGUUCCCACGAGUAUCAUGUCCACUGCAUCGAUCGCUGGUUAUCGGAGAAUUCCACUUGUCCCAUUUGUCGCAGAGCAGUCUUAGCUUCUGGUAACAGGGAGAGUGUUGUCUGAAGGAGAGCUGAAUCAAUGGCCAAGCAGCUGGUGUGAUAGUGAUGGGCAAAGAAGUCACUUCCUUUAUGGCCACUUUUUGAGUGGUACCUCAGUGUAUAGUAAUGACUUGGAGUGAAUCUUCCCUCAUUUUUUCUCUGGAUUCAGGCUUCGGAAAUUGGAAAAUUUCUUUAAUUAGGUUUUUCGAGUUAUAGUCAGUUUGGGUGUUAAAUUUCACUUGUCCAAAGAUGUCUACCCACUUAAAAAUAUUUUUUUUUUCUUUGUGAAGAGUAUUAAGUUUCUUUCCCCCACCCAGCCCCUGCCAUCCCAGUUCAAUAAACAGUUUGUCCUCAAGAUCGUGCUUGUGAGGAGUUCUUUGAGAAGACAUCCCAGCUCAAUGUCCAUGAGCCAUAGGGGAAUUUUUGCAAGAAAUCCAACUAUCUGAAAAAAAUAGUAUGAUUGCACACUUAAACAUACUUUUAAUUUUCCUCCUGGGUUAAUAUUGGACAUGUCUGUGUAAAUAACACUAAUAUUAGUCCUUUCCCCAUCACUAUGGCACGCUGUAGGAUGAGCUGUUAGCUUAAUUGGGAUAUUUAUCUUGUUGUGGAAAUAUAAGAAUUGCCUAUGCUUGUUUAAAUAAAGAAAACAAAAUCUGUUUUAAAAUUGUAAA